CGAAUAAUUAGUGAGGGCAGCGAUUGCCCAAAACUGUGUUGAAUACAUAACAAAUUUUAUUGGUCCCAUUAAUUAUUCAUGGGAAAGUUGAAAAGGCUCCAGGACUACAUGCAAAUAGUUACAUUCGAGCAUAUGUGUGUGUGCGAAAAGUGUUAAAUUGUGGCAAACAACUUGUACAAACUGCAAUAUAAAGCAAACAAAAACUAAACGUUAAUAUUGUAAUCAAUAUCCUCGUACGUGCAUUAGCCAAAAUUCAAUCAAUUUGCAAUUUAUUAGUCCGGCCUACCAACUAACAUGUUCACAUAAUAUCAUCAUGCCUUCUCGUCCAGCAUCGGCAGCAUCCGCCGUGAUGGCCUCAUGGCUGAGUGGCCAAUUAGCAUAUACAAUCAUAUUCCUAAUGCUGCAACAAAAUACAAUUGUGGCAUUGCUCCUCAAAUGUCCAUUGCAUCAGAUGCAAUUGCAAAAGAUCGUAGGAUUCCGUCCACCGCUGGAAUAUCUGAGUGACAGCAAUUUGAUAUACGCGCCACCGACAGCAAGCAAUUUCAAGGAUCGGGAUCGACUUGGAGAUGAUGAGCCGCCAGCUAGUCAAAUGUGUUGGAGAAGCUGCAACAAUGAUCCAGACUGCAUGGCAUAUGUCCUGCUAUUGGAUACGAACGAGUGCUAUGGUUAUUCAUAUUUCGAGCGGACAGGUCGAUAUAUGGCUAUAGCCGAUGAAUUGCCGCUGGUCACAGAUGGCGAGGCCAUAUUCUACGAGAAGAUCUGCCUACAUGUUCCCGAUACGUGCAAAGGUCGUCUAUGGGCGCUGACCAAAAUUCCUGGAACCAGUCUAGUAUUUCAGACUAAAAAGAUACUCUCUAAGCUGGUCACGCGUCGUGAAUGCGUCGAGAGUUGUUUCUAUGAAAACAAAUUCAAAUGUUUCUCUGUAUCGUUUUCCCCCUCGUUUCGGAAUAAUCGUGGCCGCUUUCCCGAUGCGGGCCGUAGUCGCCGUCUUCCGUCCCAUGAGAUUUUGGGUCGCUGUAUGCUGAGUGACAAGGACAAGAACAUACAGCCUGAUGCUUUCCGAGCGGCGCCCUUCGAUGAGGAAUACAUGGAGAACCAAUGUCACCAGCGUCCAAUCGAGAAUGACAAUUGCUCAUAUGAAUUGUAUGCCAACAGCAGUUUCAUCUCCGCCGAAGCCAAAUAUUUAGGUCUAACCCAGAAAGAGUGUCAGGCGCUUUGUAGUCAUGAAUCCAAGUUCCACUGCCAGGGAGUCUCGUUUUACUAUGUGAAUCAGCUCAGCCCAUCCGAGUGUCUCCUGCAUUCGGAGGACAUUGUAUCUCUGGGACCCCGUAGUCUGAAAUUGCGUGAGAACUCAGUCUAUAUGCGACGUGUCAAGUGUUUGGAUGUGCAGGUUUACUGUACCCGCAAUGAGAUGACCAUUGGCUAUAGACCAAAGGACUGGUUUGCUGGCAAAAUAUACGCCAGCAUGCACUCCAAAGAUUGCCAGGCCCAAGGCACCGGCAACGAAUCUGUUCUGCUGACCUUGCAAAUUGGCAGCGAGGCCAAGGAGAAUCGUUGCGGCGUUCUUCGAGCCUAUGAGAUGACACAAUCAUACCAAAGAACCUUCAUUUCCGCUCUUGUGGUCAUCCAGAAUAAUCCAAAUGUGCAAACCCAAGGCGAUCGGCUCAUUAAAGUGGGCUGCAUCUUAAGCAAUGCAACUGUUGCCUCUUCGCCGGGGUUGACUGUUCGAGAUAGUAGUCCGGAUGCCUCAGAACAUAUACCCAGUGCCAUAGCACUGGAAUCGUCGCUAGAAUAUGCUGAUCACACCUGGGAGCACCAGCAAGAUUGGGAUGCGCCACAUCCUAAUCCAAAGAUUACACUACAGAUAGUCGAUCUGUCGCAUCAACACGAAACCAACGAUGUCCAAAUCGGGCAGAACCUUGAACUCCAGAUAGUGGCCGAAUACAGUCCAAUUGAAUUGAAGGAACAGUUGGAUCCUUUGCCGGACUUUCGUGCCACCUCGUUGGUGGCUAAGACCCAGAACAAUGAGAACUACAUUCUGCUGAUCGAUGAGCGUGGCUGUCCUACCGAUUCCAGUGUUUUUCCAGCUCUGGAGCGCAUACGCACUCACUCCAAAAAUAUAUUGCGUGCCCGAUUUCAUGCUUUUAAGUUCUCAGGAUCGGCCAAUGUGAAUUUUGACGUAAAGAUACGAUUCUGUGUGGAUCGCUGUGCCCAAAGCAAUUGUGCCAAUGGCAGCGGAUCAAGAAGCAGACGUCAGUUGGACCAGGUAGAGCGGUUAAAGGUUCAGAAUCCUGUUUAUAUUUCCACCGUGGUGGAUGUAGCUCCAAAUGACACAGUUGUGGGUAACCAAAACCAAGGAAACAUAAGCCACCAAGUUGAGCUGCCGCUGAACUACAACCUGCGCGUCCAUGGACCCGAUCAGACCAAUAGCAAUAGCUAUUUGUACGGCGAACGUGGUGUACUCCUCAUUGCCGGUAUAGACGAUCAGCUUCAUCUGGACAAUAUUUGCAUCAACCAAAGCCUGCUGAUUGCCCUUUUCAUUUUGUGGCUCAUCUGCCAAGUGGCUCUUCUCUUUGGCUGUGGCAUGGUGCUGCAGCGAUACCGAAGACUGGCGAAGCUCGAGGAGGAACGGCGACGACUGCACGAAGAAUACCUAGAAGCGAGACGUGUCCACUGGGCAGAUCAGGGCGGUUACACGCUUUAGCUGCUCUGUAUAAAAUCAUGUGUAUUUAAUAAACUUAUUCGUAUCUUACAAUUCAA